AUGUGUAAUUCCGAGUCUCCAUCGCCGUCGAAGUGCAGCGAUUGGUCUUCCAUCAGCAAGUCUCGACGAUUUGCCAAACCCUCCUCGACGCCCACCUUAGUUGAGCCUAGAAGCUCUCCUACUCUGUUGAACCCAACUGUUACUGGUGCAUUUGCCCCUCAAGUUGAAGAGGGUAGCUCAGUAGCAACCAUGCAAAGAAAUUUUUUAUUCCAAGCCGGCGACCGUGACGAGGAUUGCGACUUACCGACAAAAAGAUUCAAGAUUUUACAAACCACUUGGAACUACACUCCUACGUCCGAUCCUAAUGGUUCGAACUAUAUCAACCAGCGUAUGCUCGAGCUUUCCCGUAUCACUCGCCGAGCCAUUGCCACAAGAAUGCGAUACCAAUGUAUUCGUUCUCACGAACUAGAUCUGAUAAAGUCCAUCCUCGAAGACGAAACAGAGAUGUCCCAAAAGCACAUGAAUUGCAUUGAUUUGCAAAUCGGUUCCCUUAGAAAUAUGCUCCACGAUGGAGGAAUGACAGUAAUAGGAAACAAGGGAUGCAGGUUUGAUCGUAGCGACUAUGGCCAGGCUUGCAUAGUCGCAUUGGCACCCCAGGCCACCAUUACAUGUCUAUAUCAUGCUAUCAUUCUGUUCCUCAUUUCGAACUUUGACACAUUUUUUGAAAUCACUGGCCUUUCGGUGAGCAACGAGAGUGACAGCGUGCACCAAAAGCAUGCCACCAAGCCAUUUUUCGACUUGACCGCAUGGCAGGACCGUGUCAAUUUCACCUGGGCCAGUAAGGUAGUAUGCACGAGGUGGGACUACAAGAAAAAAAAUCAGGAUGCAGUGGCAAUCACUGAAGAAAAAUAUGAAGGCGCCUGCUGCGAGGUAGGGUAA